AUGUCAUCAUCUUAAAUAGAAGAUAAAUUAGACUAGUUUAAAAAGCAAAUUAAGCAAAACAAUCAUGAGCACUCAGCAAACAGAGCUAAUAGUUCAUCUAAUAAAUUCAACAAUGUAUAUGGAAGUUAAGAAAGAAAUAAAUUUGAUUUUGAAGAUAUAGAUGGAGAAAUGAAGCAUGCCAAAAAUGUAAAGAGAAUGUAAAGUGAAGCUGCAUUUGGCACCAAUGAUGAUAAAGCCUAACUCAGACUCAAGAAAAACCCUAACUUUGGAAAUCAAUAAUAGCAAACAGCUUAGAAUUAUGGAUCUUCUGAUGACGAUAUCCCAGUAGGGUUCUCGAGAAGAAAGAGAUUGUCUUCAAACUCAUCUUUUUAGAAGAAAUUUGAGAGCAAUAUUGCAAAUGCUCCAAACAUUGUAAAUCUUUCAAGAAAGGAAGAUAACUUUGUAAGAUCUUAGAGAGGAGACACUUAAUACCAAGAAUCUAACAUAGAUGAAUUAAAUAGAUAAAUCAAGAUAGCUAAAGAACAAGAAGAAGAAAGAAUUCACUAGUAGACUGAGGCGCUUUUAGAAUAAAAGCGAGAGUAAAUACAGUAGAACUUCAGAGAACACUAGGAAAAUACUAGAGUUGAAAAGGAACUUCAAAAGGAAAGAGAUCAUAGGAGAAGCCAUCACAAAAAGGAGGCCCAUUAUAAUGAUGGUGAUCAUGAAUAGCACAGAAACACUUAGAAGUAAGACAUCUACGCUUAGAACCCUCACAUUUAGUUUCCGUAUAUUUCUUACGAUAUGAUGUAAAAAGGAAACCCAUUAAUGGCGCCAGCUUUUUAAAACCCAAUGUAUUCAAACUAGAUGUAGAAUUCUCAAAUGUACUACCCUUCAAUGAUUAGUCAACAGUAUUUAGGAUCAUAGACAACACUUCUUGGCUAAAACUAUUUCCCACCAUAAACUGUGCCUAAUUUACCUCAAUAUACUAAUCUUGAUAUUCCUGCUCAUCUUGACUAGAAUCUAAAAUCUUUAAAAGAAACACUUUAGAAACUAAAAGGCGAUAAUAUGAAUUUGAAAUAGGAGCUAAAUAAGAAAUAACUGCUUAGCAUUGAUCUUGAAAAUAAUGCUGUUAGUAACUUUGAUAAAGAGAAAUAUCAAUAGCACGCUUAAAAUAAUUUAAAACUUAAAUAAUCAGUCGAGGACUUAAAACGUAAGGAAAUCGAGCUUAAGUCAAGACUUAGCACACUCCAAGCGAAUAAGCAGUAUCUCAAUGGUAGAACAAAUACCUUGAGCAUGGAUAUAGAUAUUUAAGACAAGUAAGAAGAAGCUUUGAAUAAACAAAUUGUUGAAUUCAAUGGAUUAAUCAGAGAAAAAGAAAAUUACAUUAAAUAGUUAAUGAAUGAACUUAAUCAACUCAAAGAAAGCAAAGAGUAGUUUCAGAGUGAGCUUGGUGUAUUAAAUCACAAAGAAGAAUUUAUGGUUAAUGAACUGAUAUUUAAAGAGGAUUAGUUGAAUGAGAUAAUGAUGUCUAAUGAGGAUAUGAGAAGAAAGAUAUAGUCAGGUUAGAGUCAAUCUAAGUAUCUUCUAUCAGAAAAUGAAAGACUUAAGAAAGAACUCAGCCAGCUGAAAGAGGAGUCUGCAGUACUGAAAGCAUCCUCUGACUUCUUAAAUAAUGAAUAUUUAGGAUUGAACGAGCAUAUCCAAGGCUAUGAGCACAAACUAAUUCUCAGUUAAAAUACCAUUGAGCAAUUGCAGAGAUAGAAUUAGCAGGAAAAAUCUGAGUUAGCUCAUUACAAUGCAACAAUAUCUAGUCAAUAGAAAGCUUAUGAAGAACUUAAAAAUUAGCUUCAAAUAAUCAAUGAAAGAAAUUCUAGAAUAAGUCUUCAGAAUGAAAUGAUGAUGCUAAGACAACAGUAGAAUCAAGAGUAGUUGAUGCUUCAAAUGUCACAAUCAUAGGCUAUGCAAAGAAUUCAAUAAGAAGAAAUAAAAAGUAAUCCUUUUCCAAUGGUAAAUGAGCAAUCUAUGAUAGAAGAGACAAUUCCAUUUGAAGAUAAGUUAGACACUGAAAAAUAGGUUAUUAGAGAAAGCGUAAAUAACAGAAGAAAUACACACGCAAAUGAAUUAAGCUAAAGACUAAGUUCACCAUAUUAAGAUAUUUAAAGAAGAGCAAGGGAAGGAGAAGGGAUGAGUGGAACUAUGAAGUGGGAGAAUGAGAAUAACAACUUGAGAUAAUCAGUAACAGCUAAACCAAAUAGCAGAUUAACUGAGGCAAGACUAGAUUAAUCAGUAAAUUUCAGUCCUGAAGUUAAAUAGUAGCUAAGAAAUUAAGGUUAAACAAUGGCAGGAUUGCUUAGCCAUGAAAAUGAUGCUGAAAAAUCGUUUACUCAAAGACAUUCUAUGCCUGUUAAUAUGUCUAGUAGAUUUAAAAGAGAUGCAAUGCAGAGUCCAGGUUAAGAAGAAAGAUCAAAAAGUGGAAGAAGAGCUGAUUAAAUGAAUUCAAUACUUAAAUGGUCCUAAAACGAGGAGGAGUUCAAAGGACAACCCAGAAAGACAUAUAAUGAUUAAUAGCAGAUAAUUCAAGAGCAUAGAGAUGUCAGAUCUAUCUCAGGAGACAGAAAAUAGAAAGAGGGUUAAUAGAUGGCUGGAUUGAUGUCCUGGGAAGUGCAAGAUACAGAUUUGAAGAAAAACUAAACUCGAAGAUCAACUGCAACUGCUAAUUUGAAUUAAGCCAGUUCAAAAUAGAUUAAAGUUCAUGAAAUAGACCUUGGCAGGAAUUCAUCGCCUAAUGAGAUAAGAAACUAAAUCAGAGAUAAGCACUACGGUUCCAGUAUGGCUAAUCUAAUUGCAUUUGAAAACCCAGAAUAAUCACAAAUAAAUCAACUUCAGAAAUCUAAGACUGAAAGAGCCCAAUAGCGAAAUAGUUAGGUUAAUCUUAACUCAUAGCAAAUGAAAAUGAAUGCUGUUAAGAAAGUUGGAAUAGAUUUAAGCAAAGUAGAGGCCAAGCAAACAACCAUUACUAUGAGCCCAAAUAAUCAAAGUGAUUUAAAGAUUAAGAAUUAUGGAAAUAUGAAUGAAAAAAGCCAUUAGCAAUAGGUUUCAAGAAAAGAAAAUCUAGACAAAAUGCUUCUGCAAAUGCAAAUUGAAAAAGAAAAAAUGACUAAUGAAAUAGCGAAGAUUGGUGAUUUUCCAAAGACAACUUAGUAGAUGAGAAGAAAAGAAGAACUAAGCAAUGAAGUUUACAUUCUUAAUAGCAAUAUCUCAAAUAUUAAGAACAAGAUUAAAACGCUCAAGCCUCAAUGA